CCCGUUAGGCAGCCCUACUUCUACUUGUUGCCUGCUGCUGCUUCCUCUCCAACUUCGUCUUGUUCAUCUUCCUGUCUUCACUCGUUACUCUUCUCUCGCUCUCUCUCUCUUUUCAUCCCUUCCUUUUCUUAAUGCCAUGUUUUCAACGGAGAACUUUUGAAGAUCUAUCUCCCCAUCUGCUGUCUUUUUUUAUUUUUUUUGUGAUCUGGCGAUGAUUUGUCCGGCCUCCCGGAGUAAUUCCCGCCUGAAUUGGCUAGAUAGGCUCCGGACGUCUAAGGGUUUUCCGGUGGGAAACGAGAUCGGCUUGGAAGCGUUUCUCGACGCCAAUGCACCGCCUUCCGGCCAGGUCGAAUCUUCCGGAGAUGAUCGGUCUGCUGCCUCGGCUCGUCCUGAUAUCUCCGGAGAGAGCGCGAAGGUACGGGUGCGGAUGAAGAGAGGGAGGGGGCCGAUUGGUCGAGACAAGGAGGACUGGUUCGCGAUCUUGAACGGUAUGCUGGCGGAGCUCUUCAAUAUGGGGGAUCCGCGGAGGUCGAGGGUUAUGGAUGAGAGGAGGACGUCCAGGAAGCAGAAAAACCCUAAAACGUGCACAAUCUUGUGCUCCGCAAAUGGGGGGGACAGGAACGCUGCCGUAUCUCCGCAGACCAGCGUCUCGGGCACAAAGGACAAGGAAACAGUGGAGAUGAAUAGUGUUCAUCGCCGGCCAAGAAGGAAAAGCGGGAAAAACGGUCUGAAGGUGGAUGAAAAGGAAGAGGGGAGUGCAAAUGUUCUCCCCGCGGAGGAUUCGUGUUCAUGCACGGUUGUAACAGUGAUUGAUUCGAGCUUUCCUGGGUGGAAAUUCGGGAAGGCUAUCUCCAGAAAAGGAAAUGAUUGGAGGAUCCGUGAAAUCAGGAAAAGUCUGGACGGGAAUAUGGCAACAUCAGAAAGCAUUUUCAGAAAGAAGAGGAGAUUAAACUGUGGGAAAGAUCAUGACGAACCUCCCAUCUGUUCCUGGAUUGCCAGCGGAGAAGGAGGCACCGUGGAGGCAGCACAGGAUAUCAGAACUUCCGAGUGACGGGGGAGUUUUGACCGUGCUAUUUUGUCAUUCGAUUUUUCUCUUUGAUCAGAGUGGAACAUGGAAGGGACACAACACUUGUACCAGAAGUGGACUGAGCUCCAAGUACUGAUUAUGUUGAGUAGAGUUUCCUGACCAUCUUCUGUGAGAUUUUCACUUUCUACAUUCGGUCCG